AUGUGUGGAGAAAUGGGAAAAGCUGUCCUGCGGGCUCUGACGGGAGCGCUGCUCUGUGGUUUAGUGUCGGAUGCUGCUUAUUUAGAGAGCUACGAGCCCUAUCCAUUCCAACUCGGCCACGCUCAAGCUGUUUACCGCAAACCCCUGAGGGAACACGAGAAGCCUCAAGACCUUAGGAACGUGCCGGGCGUGCCAGGAGUCGACUAUCCCAUUUACCACGCGGUUCCAGAAACCAGUUUCACCUGCGCACACGUACCGGUGCACCCUGGAAUGUAUGCCAAUGUGGAAACUGGAUGCCAGGCUUACCACGUGUGCCACGACGGCCGCGAGGGCCACCAAGGUGCAUCUUUCCUGUGUACCAAUGGAACACUGUUUGACCAAGCCAAGUUUGCUUGCGACUGGUGGUACAACGUCGACUGUUCGCAGGCCAUUGACCACUACAAGUUAAACGCAGACCCCCUCAAGAACCCAUACGUGCCGAAGCCCAAGCCUGAAGAACUACAGGAGGAGCCCCACGGCAUCUUCUACAGGAAGAGACACGACUAG